CUCCUGAUCUUCCAGCAAGCUAGCUAGAGCGGUGAACAGAACACGCGCGUCCACGAGCGAGCGAGUGGUGGUGGUGAGGCAGCGUCUCGUGCGUGCGGGCGGACGGACAUGAUGGAUCACCUGAGCCUGGUGCCCUACGAGGGAGGCAGCAGCGCCGGCGGUGGCGCCGGCGGAGGGGCCAAGUACAAGGAGUGCCUGCGCAACCACGCGGCGGCCAUGGGCGGGCAGGCCUUCGACGGCUGCGGCGAGUACAUGCCGGCGUCCCCCGACUCCUUCAAGUGCGCCGCCUGCGGCUGCCACCGCAGCUUCCACCGCCGCGCGGGCAGCGGCAGCGGAGGCGGCAUCACGGCGCCCUUCUUCUUCAGCCCGCCUCCUCCGCCCCCGCCCCAGCACCACCACCACCACCCCGUGCUGCAGGGCUUCGUGCCGUCGUCGGCGCCGAUGCGGCCGCCGCAGCUGGCGCUGCCCUACCACGCCGUGCCCCCCGCCGCGUGGCACCACGGCCUGCUGGACCCCGCCGCAGGCGCGCGCUCCGGGUCGGAGACGCCUCCGCGGGCGGACGACUGCAGCCCCGGGUGCGGCGGCGGGAGCGGGAGCUUCGGGCGGAAGCGGCACCGCACCAAGUUCACCCCGGAGCAGAAGGAGCGGAUGCGCGACUUCGCGGAGCGGCAGGGGUGGCGCAUCAACCGCGACGACGGCGGCGCGCUCGACCGCUUCUGCGUCGAGAUCGGCGUCAAGCGGAACGUGCUUAAGGUGUGGAUGCACAACCACAAGCACCAGCUCGCCUCGCCCACCUCCGCCGGCGCCGCGUCCGCGGCAGCUGCGGCCGGCAUCGGUAUGGGCAUGGGCAGCGGCCUCGGCGGUAGCAUGGGCGCCGGCCUUGGCGUAGGUAUGGGCGCCGGAGUCGGGGACGGCGACGGCGAUGAUGACGACGACACGGACGACGACUCGCCUCCACGGGCCGCCGUGUCGUCCCCUUCCCCCUCCCCCAUCAGCGUCUAGCAAUGAGCACCGAGCUAAUGUUUCACUCGGGUAGGGAUUAUUAGGUCUAAUUAACGUACUGUCAGCAUGCAGCCUGUGUAAGCGACCCCCUGAUCUCCCGCAUGCCUCCCCCGCAGCGGCCGUGCCGUACGCCGUGGUACCGUAACCAAGCCGAGGGCUACUAAUUCUAGCUUAGCUAGUAAGCGCUGCUGUUCGUUUCUAGGCUCAUUAUUUUUCUUAUCUUGCUUUAAUCGUAGUACUCCUAGCUGAAGUGAGUGAGUGACUAAUCCUGGUAGUCCAAUCAAUCAAGAUUAUUAA